AUGAAUCUCGAUGCAAUACAGAAGCAGAAACUGAUGCUUCUUCCUCAGACACAUCUUGAGGACGAGUCUGCAUUAGUAUGGUACUCUGGCAAAGAAGAGAAGCAGAUUAAGCUGAGUCAAGUCCUGAGAAUUGUUCCUGGACAACGCACGAUUUCUUUUUCAUCCAGCGGAGAGAGUGGAGCAGGAAAGACUGAGACAACAAAGAUAGCGAUGCAAUACUUGGCUGCUCUUGGAGGUGGAAGUGGGAUCGAGUAUGAGAUACUAAAGACUAAUCCCAUCUUGGAAGCAUUUGGAAAUGCAAAAACAUUGAGAAACGAUAAUUCUAGUCGUUUUGGUAAGUUGAUAGAAAUUCAUUUUAGUGAAACAGGGAAGAUUUCGGGUGCUCAAAUUCAAACAUUCAAGAGUGGUUCAAUGUACGGAAGGAGAAAGGUCAUAUCAUAUAUUGUGCAUGAUAGUAAAGAAGAUCAAGAAAGUGUAUUUGCAAUUUUUGCUGCAGUAUAUAGACGCUCGUGA